AAAGAGAGAGAGAUUUGUUCGGUACAGCAUGAAACGUUCAGGCAUGUCUCAAACUCCCGGCAUGUCUGUUGCUGUCGAGUGGUAGAGUAUUGUAUGCCGUAUAUAUUCUUCGUUCAAUACUUAUAUUAUUUACGCAUCCAUCAUGUUUCGUUAAUUUACCAUUUUUUCAAAUUUAAUUUUCAUUUAUUUCACGUUAAACUCGCUAAUUAUUUAAUCAGAUAUUGGUUGUUAAAUAAUAAUACAACCAAGAUGGUUAACAUUUAAUAGUGAAAGAGAGUCUCCUUGAAAAACACUUGGCGAAUAUGUAAAAAAAAUGAUGUAUUUUUUUUCAUCGUAAUAGUGUCAAGUUUCAUAGUAAAUUUUGUGACAUUUAAAAAAUCGUUAAUCAGUGCAGUUUUAAAAUUUCAAGUACAUUACACGGAUUAUAUUUACUUUUAAUUAAACUCAAUUUAAUAAAGCCCAUCUAAGCGUUGUUAAUUUUGAAAUAAUAAUAAUCAUAUGAAAAUAAUUACAUUUUUUAAAUAUUCAUUACACCUUACUUGAAUGAUAAAAUCUUUAUAAAUACUUGUGUAUUAUAAAAAAGUGGAGCUUAUUUAAAAUUAAUUCAAAUUCUUAAAUAAUACAAAAAAAAAAGAAAAAACAAGCGCUUAAUUGUAAUUACAAGGAAAGAGUGUAGUGAAGUGUAUGUUAAAUAAAUGAUUAGUUAAAAAGUGAUUACAGUGUAAAGUUAUAAAAAAAAAAAAUAAAAAUUAAAUAGAAGUGAAAGAAAAAACACCAUAAAAAAAGAAGGUUAAGAAAUAUUUGAAAGCAUGAAAAAGUUUUAAGUGUUCCAAAGAAUAUUUGAAUAGUGCGUUGGAUCCUCCAAUUCUUCAGAGAGAUCCAUACAUGCUGUCUCCGUCUCUUUCUGUAUAUCCUGGCAAUGUUAACGGUGGAAUUCCGCUCUAGAGGAAUCUGAAGGCGGGGACUCUGACGUCACUCCGCUCAUGAUAAUGAGAGCGCAGUGAAAUAUGCCAAGGAGACGGAAUGGGGAGAUACCGCUUCCGGAAGGGUGGGAUGUCGCCCAGGAUUUUGACGGAAAGGUUUACUUCAUUGAUCAUAACACAAAAAAGACCACUUGGAUUGAUCCAAGAGAUAGAUUUACAAAGCCACAGACAUUUGCAGACUGCAUUGGUAAUGAAUUGCCUCUUGGGUGGGAGGAGGCCUACGACAAACACGUGGGCGCUUACUACAUCAAUCAUGUCAAUCAAACAACUCAACUUGAGGAUCCAAGACAAGAAUGGAGAGCAAUACAAGAAGCCAUGCUUCGUGAAUACUUGCAGACAGCACAGGACGUACUUGAGGCAAAAAAGGAAAUUUAUGACGUUAAGCAGCAAAGACUUUGUCUAGCUCAAGAUGAGUACGAUCAUCUCAACAAUGCAUUAACUACUCUUGGAGCUUCUCGAACUAGCUUAUGUUCGAGUUCAAGUUCGCUCAGCACAAAAUAUGAUCCAGAUCUCCUCAAGUCUGAUGUGGCAUUAGCCAGAAGUCGAGUAUCAAGACUUAAAAGAGAAUUGGAACAAAUACGAGCUGAAAUGAACUGUACACAACGUGGAGUUGACACAUUAGCUAGUGUAGAACAAAAACUUAGUGCUCAUCAAGGUGGAUGUUAUAAUAUAACAGAAGCUCAAGCAAUUAUGACUGAAUUGAGAAAUAUUCAAAAAUCUUUAAGUUCAGGUGAAAAAGAAAAAGCUGAAUUAAUGCAAUCUUUAGCUCAGCUUAAAGAUGAACUUACAAGAUUACAGCUAUGUGAAGGUAGUCCAGAUGCUAGCACACUCAGUCUUCCUCAUGAUAAGCUCAGUACCGCAUCACAAACAGACCUUUCUGGUGAUUUAGGAUCUAUUGGAACUCGGUUAGCUGAAAUGGCACGUAUGAGGUUACAGUAUGAUGAAGCUCGUAAAAGAAUACAACAUAUUCAACAACAAUUAGCUGAUCUUGAAGAAAAAGUGACUCCUGGUCAAUCAGAAAGUGACAAAGAUAAAUUAUUGUUAUUCCAAGAGAAAGAGCAAUUAUUGAGAGAAUUAAGAAGUAUUACACCUCGUACGAGAACUCAUCAAGAUAUGAAAAAGAUACAGUGUGAAAUUCGAAGACUGGAACAAGAUCUUAAUAAUGCUUUAGAAUUAUCUAAUAAAACUAUUACUGAUCGUGUUAGACUUCAUGAAGAGAAACAGUUAUUGUUACAACAACUGCGUGAUGCUUUACGAUCAAUGGCAAUGUUAGAAAGCCAGUUGAAGACAUUGAGUGCAAGUACACUUUCUGUUAGUAGCAGUUCAAGUUUAGGAAGUCUUAGUACAACCAGUAGUAAAGGUAGUCUUAGUUCAGGAUUAAGCUUUACUGAUAUUUAUGGAGGUCCACAAUAUUUGGGUCCAAUUCAACAAGAUAGACCUGUGGACAUGGUUGAUCUUCAUCGUCGAGUUGAAAGACUUCUUCGAGGUACAGAACAAAAUCUUGGUAGCAUGGGAACUCCAUCUCCUGGACGGUCUCAACCAAGUCUUUCACCAAGAUCAAGUUUAUCUAGUGUCAGUCCACCUGUUUCUCCACUUUAUGAAAAUGCACCCAUUGGACCACCACCGACUUACGAACAAGUAGAAAUACAGAGAAAGCAAUUGCAACAACAACGACUGGUGGGGAAUACUACGUCACAUUUAGAUCGUUGUCAAUUAGAAGAUAAAUUAGCUGAAUUGAGAAUUAGUCAACAAGCACUUCAUGAACAUAAAAUAGACCAUCUUAAACUUAGUCCUCAACCACCUUUGGAAAUGCAAUCUGGAAACAUGUCACAAGGUAGUGGAUUAGGAAGGCCUUCACUUCCUUUACCUCAAGAACCAUCACUUUCUCCUAUAAGUGAGACACCACCACCAAAUGGCAGUAGAUCAAGAGCAAGCAGUUCUGGAACCAAUACCAGGUCGGUUUCUGCUGCUGUAUCUGAUGAGAGUGUUGCUGGAGAUUCAGGAGUUUUUGAAGCCUCUAAUCGAACAAGACUUUUGGAAUUACAAAAUGUUGAUUCUUUGACUUUUGGAAAUAUGAAUCUAGAAACUGCCCAAGUGCAAAUUAAAUUACGAUAUUCUGUUAGCGAUGGAUUACUUCAUGUUGGUAUUGAGAGAGCGAGGAAUUUAGCUGCUCUUUUUAUUCCAAAUAACACAAAAGUAUACAUUAAAGUAGCUUUAUUGCCAAUGCAACCACCGAUAAACAAUAUAUGCUACACUAAAUCAAUAGUAGAUCUUCGUAAGCCUACGUUUGGUGAAAGCUUUCCCAUAGCUGUGCCGUUAAAUAAGCUUUACACCAAAACGUUACAAGUCAAUGUAUGGUGUACAAACGGGGAGUCUGAGGAGUGCUUGGGUUCAGCUCAAGUCUCACUUGCAGACUUCAGUCCCGAGAAUCCAAGUAUAAAAUGGUAUAAUAUAUUAUCGUUCCACUUUAUGCAAGCAUCAACAUCAGAAAAUUCAAGCACAAGCACUAGUUCAGCUUCUUCAAAAUAUGCUCGACAUGAUAAACAAGAAUCGGAUAUUUCUGUUUAUCGAAAUAAUGCCCAUUCACAAAACACCAAAGAAGAGAGUAGUGAUGAGAGUACAAUAAUUAGCUCACAAACUUCCACUCUUACCAGAAAUCAAGGUUGUGAUGAAAUACAUACAACUGUUUCAUUACGAUUAGAUGAAUUUUCAAAUUGUCUUGGUAGUCCUGAUGAAGUAGAUGAAGAAAAGGAUAGUGACAGUAGGAGUGAAGAUAGUGAUGAAGAGGGCUUGUUGGUUGAAUUUAUGAUGGAAGAUAAUAUAUUAGAAGAUGUACUUGAGCAUGAAGAGGAAGAAGGGCUUACUGAAGAAUCGAAUCAAACACAAGAUAAAGAAACUAAUACUGAAUGUAUUUUCAUUCCGCAGCAGGGUAAACAUAGAAAAUUGUCAGCCGCUGGAGUUGUUCCUGGUGCAGUACAUGAUGAUAAAAAUUCUAUUGUUAUUAAACGUAGUCAAACAUUUUCUCCAAGUGCUGCUGUUAGUAGAAAUCAUUACAUAUGUCGGUUAAAUCGCAGUGAUAGUGAUAGUAGCAUGCCACUUUAUCGUCGAGGUGGUCCUUUUCAACGUAAUUCAGUUGAAAGGCGAUCGCUACGUUGGCGACGACCAUCUUCAGCUUUAAGCUGCAAAACAGCUCUUAAAAAGUCUACUCACUUACCAUCGACUCCAAGAACAUCACUCGAUCUUGAACUUGAUCUUCAAGCACAACAUGCAAGACUAAAUAAUCUUCAUGAUGAGUUAAAUAGGUUACGUGAAUUGAAACAAAAAUUGGAACAAGCACGCGAAAAGGGUGACACAGACCUUGCAUCUUGGUUAUUGGAAGAUCAUAAAUUCCAAUCACUCAUAGCACAAGCUGAAAAUGAAAAACAUGGAAAAAGUGCAGAAGAUAAAAAGGUAGAAAAAAUGUUGAAGAAGACCUCGAAAGAAAUUUAUAAGCUUAGGAAGACUAAAGUUGGAAAGGGUAAACCUGAUAUUAUAUCAUUCAAAGAAAAGAUGGCCUUUUUUACUCGAGUCAACUUGAAUGUUCCAGUACUCCCUCCUGAUGAGAUUGUAAUUCCUGAAUAUUUGUCAGUUGCUCAUCACAAGAGACAUACUUCUGAAUCAUCAGUGAGUUCAUAUACAUCACAAAUACGUUUAGGAUUGCCUUAUGAUGCACAAAAAGAUAAUUCUGCAAUUAAUAUAGCCUUAAUAAGUGCACGAACUCAUAGUGGUUUAACUGAAAAUACAUGUGGAGUCAGUAUAUUAGGUACAACUAAUUGCGUACAUGAAAAAGAAUCUUUAACCAGUGUCUCAAGUGUUGAUAUUCAAGAAACAAAUGACAAAAAGGCAUUGAGUAAUUUAGUUAAAGAAGUCAAAAGUGGAAAUAAUUCUGAGGAUGGCAAUACAGAACCGAAAAGGUACGAAUAUGUUGUUGAUAGAGUCCUUGGCGUUGAAGUUUAAUUUAAAAAUUUUUUAUAAAGUUAUUGUAGCCAUCGUCUACAAAAUUUGAUAAUUAUAAAAAUAUGUAUAUAAACAUGUUAAAUGAAAAAAAAA